AUGCUUCGACGAGUCUCUUCACUUAGGCCAACAGGAUUACGAAGAGGAUACGUGAAGAAGGCAGCUGUUGAUAGAGAUCCAUCACGGUCAUGGCACAACCCAGCGACAGCAUGGCCCGGUGCUUCCGCGUCUGGGAUUAGUCCACGCGCACUGGUCGCUCAUCUGGAUUCAUUCGUGAUAGGGCAAGAGAGGGCGAAGAAAGUGCUUGCUGUUGCGGUCUACAAUCAUUAUAGUCGAAUAAGGGCAAUGCUUCACGCUUCCAUCGGCGCUGGUGGAGAUGACUUACCCAGGUGGCCACCACUAAACGUCUCAGAUGUUCCUCCGGUACAACCUCAUCCACACCGCAUUCCAUACGAAUACCCUGAGCGACAAUCCCCGCCUCAUCAGCAUCCCCGACUCAACACAGCCGACACAUAUACUCCCUUUGAGAAGAGCAACGUGCUCCUGAUUGGUCCGACAGGGUCUGGGAAAACAUUGUUGGCGAGAACAUUGGCCAAGGCAGGAUACGUAGGAGAGGACGCCGAAAUGUGUAUACAUCGUCUGUUGCAAGCCUCCAACUGGGACCCUAUCCGGGCAUCCACAGGUAUUGUGUGUAUAGAUGAAGCAGAUAAGAUUGCUAGGAAAUCAGGUGGUGGGAAUGGCACUGGAGGGCGAGAUGUGGGGGGCGAAGGAGUUCAACAGGCAUUGCUUCGAAUGAUCGAAGGGGCAACCGUAACUGUUCAUGCGAAAGGUGCAUCUGAUCCUGCUGCCCCGCCGACGAGCCCUGGGCCUAUGGCAGGGAUGCCAAUGGGUCCAGAUAUUGUACCUGGACGAGGCGCUUCAGGCACCAAUGCUGGUCCAAAGAGCGAGACAUACCAAGUGGACACUAGUAACGUCCUCUUCAUCCUUUCUGGAGCCUUUGUUGGACUUGAUAAGGUUAUACUUAAUCGGAUGAAUAAGGGCUCAAUCGGAUUUGGCGCUCCGCUCCCCAACGAUAAUGAGUCGCAAAGUGGAUUUAUGCCAUUCUUCACGUCAAACGAGAAGAAGAAUGAGGUUGCCGUUUUGGAUAUGAUCGAGCCUAGCGACCUUAUCAGCUUCGGCUAUAUUCCCGAGUUCAUCUCCCGGCUCCCUUGUGUCACGGCACUACGUCCAUUGACGGUAUCCGAUAUGCUUCGGGUGCUGACUGAGGUUCGAGGUGCACUUGUCAGACAGUACGAAUCAUUAUUUGCGGGUAGUGGCGUUGAGAUUCGGUUCACUAGUGGGGCACUACGCGAAAUUUGCGAGAGGGCGAUCGCGAGAGGUAUGGGCGCCCGUGGUCUGCGCGCCAUCAUGGAAAGUGUAUUGUUAGACUGCAUGUACGAUGUUCCUGGGUCGGGUGUACGUUACGUCCUAAUCGAUAUUGCCACUGUUCGAGGAGAAAGAGCUGCAGGCUACUGGUCGCGUGGACAAGCCACCCAGUUCUACAGCACUCUCGCAGCGGAGGAGGCCUUGACUGAAGAGGCCUCAAUCUCGGGGGAGUCCGACCCAGAGUCUGAGCAACUGGCCGCGGAAUUGGCUGAGCGCGAGAGAGAAAGGGAGCGGAGUGUCAAAGGACGAAGGAAGGCUAGCGGGGGUAGUCAGAUUCCUUAA